GUUUGGAGAAAGGCUACGGGAGGAGAAACAGCUAUGAAGGCCGCGGCGUUUGCGAUACUUCCCUUGCUUGUUGUAUCGGCGGCGGCUCAAAGAUACCUUGUGGUGUCGCCCAAGAUUCUGCCGUCCGGUACGCAGGCGGCUGUGUGUAUCUCACUGUUCAACAUUACGGAUGAUGUGAAGGUCUCAGUUGAACUGACAUCGGAGGAUGGGAAUGAUGUUGAGCCCGCCACAGUAACUGACGUGCUUACACAGGGCCAAGACAAAUGUGUCAAGCUCAAGGUCCCUCUUGUCUUCUCCAUUUACAAGGAAGCAAAGCUGUCAGUACACGGAAAUGGGUCAUCGUACGACUUCAAAGAUGAGAAGCAUCUCCGAAUUGUCCAGGAGGCCACGCAUACCUUCAUCUCUACAGACAAACCUAUCUACAAACCUGGGCAGAAGGUUCAGAUGCAUAUUCUAACUUUGCAGUUGGACCUAAGGCCUUCUACUGAGAAUAUUGACAUGGUGUGGAUGGAGGAUAACAGUGGCAGCAGGAUUAAUCAGUGGCUAGAUGUACCAACUGAGGAGGGCAUUGCAAGUCUGGAACAACAGCUGUCCAAAGAACCAGUGCUGGGCAAGUGGUCCAUCAAUGCUCUGAUAGCAGGUACCACCUACAAAACCACAUUUGAUGUGGAGGAGUUUGUGUUGCCAAAGUUUGAGGUCGAAAUCACUCCACCCCCAUGGAUCCCUGUGGACAUGGAUGUGAUUCCAACUAUCAUCUGUGGAAAGUACACCUAUGGCAAGCCUGUGCUGGGAGAGGUGAAGGCGGAGUUCUGUUUAGAAGCGGUCGAUUGGUAUUGGACUACUCAACCGAGGUUUAUAAUAAAUUGCCACAACUGGAUUGGCAAGACUGGCGAAAAUGGCUGCGUCAACAUCGAAAUUGAAUCCAGCCUGGUUGGACUUAACUACACCCCAGGCGCGGAUUUUCCUACAUUGUUUGGGUCAUUGCUUGUGAACGCUGAAAUCACAGAGGAUGGCACAGGUGUCGCAUUGAAUGGAACCCAUGACACCAAGACUUCCAAGCGGAAGUAUAAGUUGCACUUUAAUAGUCCUGAAGUGUUCAAGCCAGGCUUACCAUAUCAUGGCAAGCUCCACGUAACAGACAUUCUGGACAACCCUCUGGCUGGUGUGAAGGUGACAAUUGAGGCCUAUAACAAUAAAAAUCAUCAAAGAUUUGCCCACAACUACACAUCCAACAAGUAUGGAGAGAUCCCUUUCACACUGCCUACCUACAUGAUAGGCUCGAAUGUCAGGAAGCUGAACCUUAAUGCCAAGGUUGCAGAUACCCCUGCAAGCUGGACAGUAUGGCAAGGCGCCGAUCACAGCGCUGAUUCCUGGUGGUCUCCCAGCUCCAGCUUCUUGCAGAUUCAACCCACACACGACAUCCUGCCAUGUGACACAGUCCCAGCUCCAGCUUCUUGCAGAUUCAACCCACACACGACAUCCUGCCAUGUGACACAGUGGCAGAAGUUUCUAUUCUGUACACUACUGAGAGAGCCAAUCAUGUCACGGGGAGACAUCCUGGACAUAGGAACCAAGGAAGUUGCAUUUGAUAGUACCGAUGGGCCGUCGACCUACCAGCCACCCACCACUACGCCCCCUCCAACUGCUCCAUUUACUGAUUCCAACACAGCAGAGGAGCCCACAGAUCUUCCACCAGUAGUAACUGUGAUUGCAGAAGAAUCAUUUGGUACUGAUGAUCCUCUCACAUCAUCUGACGCACCCACUGGUUCAGCUGAAAAGGAGGAAAUCAGCGAUGGGGAGGUCCGUAGGAAACGCUUCAGCCCACCUUUUUACUACAUGGAUGAUAGCCCUACCAUGCCUCCAAUCCCAGGCUACACCGGACACUUCACCAUCAAGUUCAAGGUUGUGGCCAGCAUGUCUCCCAUUGUGCGCCUGUUGGUGUAUUACGUGCGUGAUGAUGGGGAGGUGGUGGCGGACAGUGCCUCCAUCAAGAUUGCCAGCUGUCUGGAAAACAACGUGAGUGUGUCCUUCCCCAGGGAGUCUCAGCUACCAGGCGCAACAACCAAGCUGACAGUGAAGGCUGCCCCUGGGUCCCUGUGUUCUGUUGGUGUAGUGGACAAGAGUGUGUACCUAUUGAGAUCCAGCAACCGGCUCACCCAGGACAAGAUUUUUUCAGAGCUGCGUGAUGUUGACUUGAACUUCUUAGACGAACGUCUCUAUGUGGACAGGAAUACACACUGUGACUACGAUGGCCCCGAGGCCAUUUCCCCCUUUCGCCCUACUGUUCCAGUUCCGACCUUUACGGUGGAAAAGGUGGAGGUUCCAACCCUAGAUUCAGACAGAAAUGACCCAAGAGAGAUGGAGGGGAAAGACGAGAGGGAUGAAGGGGAGAGACGCAUCAAGAAACGUUUUGUCCCUCGCUUUGAAUCUUCGUCCUAUAAAGAUGCCUACACGGCUUUUAAGCACAUGGGCCUUCUGGUGAUGACUGACCUUUUACUACAAACCCGUCCUUGUGAGAUGGAACCUCCUUUCCCGCCCGAUAUCCAAUAUUGGGGACAAGAUGCAGGUAACAGCGGAUUUGGGGGAGAAGGACAGCAUGUCGUGGAAGGACAGCAUGUCGUGGAAGUGCGGAACUACUUCCCAGAAACCUGGCUGUGGAAGAUCGCUAGAGUCGGUGAUAAUGGCUUGGCGUUUAUUGACACAAAAGUGCCACACACUAUCACUGAGUGGAUCGGUAGUGGGUUCUGUACAAGUGGUACCUCUGGUGUUGGUGUGUCUCUGCCUACAAGUCUCAGGGCCUUCCAACCGUUCUUUGUGUCCCCCACUCUUCCCUACUCUGUGAUCAGGGGUGAGGAGGUGCCGCUCAAAGUCUCCAUCUUCAACUACAUGCAGCAGUGCCAAGUGAUUGAGCUGACACUGCUGAAGUCGGAGGACUUUGACUUGAUUGACAAGGACAGGACGCGUCAGGUGUGUGUGUGUCCUGUGGCAUCCAAGACCGAGACUUUCAACAUCGUCCCAAACACGCUUGGGAAAAUCAAAAUCUCGGUGGAGGCUGAGGCUGUGGAGGACGAUGGACUGAUAUGUGGGAAUGAACCAGUUGUCAGGCCUACCGAGGGGGUCAGGGAUGCCAUUGUUAAGGACCUGCUGGUCGAGCCGGAGGGUAUUGAGCAGGAGUACACCUACAGCUCAUUCUUCUGCCCCAAAGACUUCCCUGAUGAAGUGCUAGAAGACAUCAUCCAGACUGUCCUCCCUGAGAAUCUGGUGGAGGGGUCCAACAGGGCCUACGUGUCCGUUAUCGGUGACCUGAUGGGCCCCACCCUAUCUGGUCUGGACAAACUUGUUCGUCUGCCGACCGGGUGUGGGGAGCAGAACAUGGUUAUGUUUGCUCCAAACAUCUUCGUGAUGCAGUACCUGGACACCACCAACCAGCUGUCCUCUGAAAUCAAGGACAAGUCCUUGGAAUACAUGAAGAUUGGUUACCAAAGGGAAUUGACCUACAAGCACAAGGACGGGUCGUACAGUGCCUUUGGCGAAAGUGACGACUCUGGCAGUACUUGGUUGUCUGCCUUUGUCAUCCGUUGCUUUUCCCAAGCCCGUGACUACAUCUUCAUUGACCAAAAGGAACUGGAUCACACCAAGAAGUGGCUUGCAUCCAACCAAAAGCCAGAUGGUUGUUACCAGUCUGUUGGGAAAGUCCUGAACAAGGCCAUGAAGGGAGGUGUCAAUGAUGAUACCACGUUGACUGCCUACAUUGCCAUCGCCAUGCUGGAAAGUGGGGAAUCCGUUGAGUCAGAGCUUGUUGGAAAUGCCCUGGAGUGCCUCCUGACUAGUGAAAGCAAUCUGACCAGCACAUAUGGCAUCGCCCUGAUGUCUUAUGCCCUGACUCUUGCCAAGCAUUCACAAAGAGAUACGUUCAUGGAAAAGUUGGAAAACCUGGCCAUUGAGAAAGAUGGUACAGUCCACUGGGAGCGUGAGGUUCAGCCUGGGAAGCCGACAGAAGCACCUGAUACUUGGUUCCGGCCAUACUACAAAUCCCCCUCUGCUGAGGUGGAAAUGACCUCCUAUGCACUUCUUGCCUACAUGGCAACUGGAGAGAGGGAAUCGUUGGUAACGGGCCUGCCCAUCGUACGUUGGCUCACGGAGCAGAGGAACGCAUAUGGAGGCUUUUCAUCCACACAGAACACAGUCAUGGCCCUGCAGGCCCUGGCUCGCUAUGCUGAGAUGGCUUACGGAGAGGGAGUUGAUAUUGAAGUCCAGGUACAGACUGCUGAGGGACUGGAUAAGACCUUUACUAUAACAGACACAAACAGCUUGGUUCUGCAGCGUGUGGAGGUCCCAGUCACUCCAACUGACGUCAUCGUCCGAGCCACUGGGAAGGGAUGUGCACUUCUCCAGGCAAAUGUGAGGUACAAUAUAGAGGAGGAGGAGCCAGUGCCAUCCUUCGAGGUCAACAUCACAAUGAUGGAUGUGCCAGCUGAGCUUCUGCGUGAUGGGGGAGGUGAUUCUUUCCGCUGCUCUGCCAAAAUUAUGAGUAUAUGUACCAGGUUCGUUGGUGAUGAACCUUCCAAUAUGGCUGUUGUUGCUGUAAAAAUGGUUUCAGGAUUCAUCCCUGACAAGACCAGCCUGAAGACUCUGAAGAAGAAGAAAACCAUCAAAAAGUAUGAGAUUGACGGCAAGAUGGUGAAUCUGUACUUUGACGAGCUGACCAAUGAGACGACCUGUUUUGAGUUCAUGGUGGAGCAGAACAUCAAAGUGAAGAACACCAAGCCGGGCGUGGUCACUGUGUAUGACUACUAUGAGGAAGACCUGAAAAUUUCCAAGAAGUACAACAUUGUGACCAAGUGCAAGGAAGGGACCGAAGUCAACCCCUGAAGGAAACAAACAGAACAUACCUGGGCCACUGUCUCUUUAAAUAGAAUUAAACUUAGUAUGUGAAGAGAGACCUUUCUGUAUUGUCAUAUAAGUUAGUAAAAGUUGCGCAAUUGAUGGAAAGGAUUGGUAACUGAAGAAAUUGCACCUCAUAUGAGGAUGAACUGAACUGAACUGAUUGGUGAUUGUACAUGUUAGGAAGGAUUUUAUUGGAUUAUGCUCUGAUGACUACUGUCGUAGAGUAGAAGUGAUAUUAACGUUGAACAACACAUUUAUAUCACCACGGUUUUGGCAGGCAUUUGUGCAUUUUUGAACAGAAAGACAAGAUCUGAAUGUGGCCUGAAUCCCUGAAUAUAUCAGGAAAUUAAUAUUAGUCAUGCAGUGAUGCACAUGCACAGAAGAUAAUAGUGCCAAUAAUAGCAACAAAUGUAGCUCACAUUUUAAAGGACAAUUUUUGCUUUUUUUUUUUACAUAACAUGAUAGAGCAUAAGAGCAUCUCCUUUUCCUUGGGCGGUUGCCACUUUGUAUAGAACCCCCUGUGUCAUUGCAGUUAUCCAUAUGUACUCUUUCAGUCAAGGUCAUGGACUGGGACUCUCUUCUAAGGUCAAGCUCCUCCCCAGACUGAAAUUAUAGCAAUACUAUGGACAUGUAGAAUAUUGCUUUUUUUUUUGCAUUUCAGAACAUAGCCGUUUGGUGUAAGAAUCGGUAGUCACAUUUCUUUAGAUAAUGGCCGUUUGACGGUUGUACCUGCAAACGGGAUAGUACGUUUGAAUGGCUACGUUAGCGUCUGUUCGCAGACCUGUAUGCGUUCGACCAUUUGAAUAAAGGUAGUUGAGUCUUCACA